AUGAAGUACCAAACUGUCGCUUUCGCCUCUUCGGCUCUCCUCGGUCUCGUGGCCGGCGCUCCCCAGCACCUCCGCCGCGUCUCCAAGCGCGAGGUCCCCCAGGAACACUCGCACGAGCUCUUCCUGACCAUCACGCGCGAGUUCUUGGCCAAGAACAACCCCAAGGCCAUCUCCGACCCCGUCUUCGGCCUCCUCGGCGACUCCGCGGCCAAGGCCGGCGCCGGCCAGGUCACCAACCUCGCCUGCCUGCAGCAGGAGACGGCCGACCAGGCCUUCACCAACGCCAAGGCGGCCAACGACAUCCGCGGCAUGUCCGCCGCUCUGGUCUACCAGGCCAUCGAGCGCAACACCGCCGGCGUCGGCAAGGCCAGCGCGGCCUGCACCGACAAGGCCGUCAACCCCGAGAUCGCGGCCCUGGUCAACAAGCACCAGGACCCCGCCUCCGACGGCGCGGCCGCCAACAACAAGGCCGUCACCCUCGAGCUUGCGAAGCAGCUUGCCUCGAUCGGCGGCGACCCCAUGCUUGCCCUCAUGAGCGGCACCUUCGCGCCCGGCGACAAGGCCGACGGCAGCGGAAAGGGCGUUACCUGCGACAACGCCGACGACCCUACCGGCUGCAUCUUCACUCAGAAGAAGCUCAUCCUCGACGCCACCCCCGAUGAGAUCACCACGGCCGUCCAGGGCAUUACCCCGACCAUCACCGGAGGCACCGGCGAGCUGAAGGCCGCUGACGUCGCCGAUGUGGCCAACUUCAAGAACGGCGCCUCUUGCAAGGCUAAGAACAACAACAACAACAACGCCGCCGCCGCGGACGCCAACAACGCCACCGCCGGCGCUGAUUCUGGUGCUGGUGCCGCCGCUGGCACCAACGUCCAGACCUUCACCGGCACCCUCGGCGGCCUCCCUCCCCCGGUCAUCCAGAGCACCGGUGACCGCCCGUUCUCCGUCAACGGUGACACCUUCGUCGGCAAGAGCGCCGCCCUCGGCCGCUCUUGCGACGUCCAGCACAACGCCUGCGCCCGCGCCGCCAACAGCGGCCAGCUCUCCGGCGGCGUCUCCCAGUGUGACGUCCAGAACACCCAGUGCCGCAGCCAGGCCGGUCUGACCAAGCGCCAGGCCGCCGCUGGCAACUUCGGCUCCUGCAGCGACCCCUCCAUCGCCUUCAAGGCCGGCCUCGCCGACCGCCAGGGCGAGUCCGCCUUCAUCGCCAACAACCAGAAGGACUUCGCCCACGGCUCGGCGCAGAAGAUCGGCGUCAUCGCCGGCUUCAUCUGCCAGCGCCUCCAGGACAGCUGCAAGGCCUCCGCCGCCACCAUCAGCAACUGCAAGGCGGCCCAGGCUGCGGCGGCCGCCGCCACCCAGGACGCGACCGCCGCCAAUGUGUUCAACAGCAAGCUCAUUGGCAACUAGAGGACAGGAAGUGUAUUUCUUGGGGAAGGAUGAAUAGGAGUCAUUUGGUUAGGACAUGGGGUUUUCUAGGUUACAUCACGAGCAUGCUGGUCCAGGUGGCAUUGUUGUUUUUUCAGAUAUCCUGCGUAUGAUUAAAUACCAUGGUUAUGUUUCACGUCUUCUUCAGCUUCGUGUUUCUGGGGUUUGAAAUUCACG